AGAUGAAUGAAUGAGUAGGCCCGCAUAGUACAUUAAUUAUUUUCGUUUUGCCUGUUUUAUUUACAGUAUACUAUUUGUAUUACAUGUUUAGACAUAAGUGAAAGAGUGCCUUAUCGAUUUAGUCAAUAUAAAUUUGUGCUGGAGUGAGAUAUAUUUAAGAAAUCAUGGAGGAUAUAUUUCAGUGGUGUCGCGAAGGCAAUGCCUUACAAGUGAGGGUUUGGCUGGAUGAUAUCGAGCAUGAUUUCAACCAAGGAGAUGAUCACGACUUCAGCCCGCUCCACUGGGCUUGCAAAGAGGGCCACCAGAAGAUCGUAGAGAUGCUGAUCAAGCGGGGCGCCCGGAUCAAUGUCACUAAUAUGGGCGAUGACACGCCGUUGCAUCUGGCCUCUGCCCAUGGACACCGGGCUAUAGUGCAAUUGCUCCUACAAAACCGUGUGGAUGUGAACUUCACCAAUGCCCACGGCAACUCACCGCUCCACUACGCUUGCUUCUGGGGCUACCAGCCCAUCGCUGAGGACCUGGUCAUGGCCGGGGCCUUGGUGUCGCUGGCUAAUAGGGAUGGAGACACACCACUGGAUAAAACCAGAGGCCAAAUGGUUCAAAGACUGCACGAGCUAGCGAUCCAACAAGGACAGGAGAUGAAGAAGAUUCAAUUCAAGGACCAAUCUUGGCUUGGAACCCGGACCAGGUCAAGAGAUGCCACUCUGUCGCGUCACAAGGGCAUCAACAUCAGCGAGCUGUCGCUACACACUCGCAUGGCUGUCACACCGUCAGGUGAAACCUGGCGCGGCCGCUGGCAGAAGAACGACAUCGUGGCAAAGAUAUUAGCCGUCCGCGAGUGUACGCCUCGCAUACAGCGCGAUUUCAACGAGGAGUUCCCGAAACUAAGGAUAUUCUCGCACCCUAACAUACUGCCCGUGGUCGGUUGCUGCACCUCCCCCCCCUCGCUGGUGGUGAUCUGCCAGUACAUGUCGUGGGGCUCGCUGUACGCGCUGCUGCACGGCGCGGGCCGCGUGGUGGUGGACGCGGCGGCGGCGCUGCGGCUCGCGCACGACGUGGCGAGGGGGAUGGCCUAUCUGCACUCGCUGCAGAAGGACAAGGACCACCAGCUGCCGCUGUACCAGCUUAACAGCCGGCAUGUUAUGAUCGACGAGGACAUGACGGCGCGCAUCAACAUGGCGGACUCGAAGUUCUCGUUCCAGGAGCGCGGGCGCUGCUCCCAGCCCGCCUGGCUCGCGCCCGAGGCGCUGCAGCGCGCGCGCGGCAAGCGCAACGCGGAGGCCUGCGACAUGUGGAGCUUCGCCGUGCUGCUGUGGGAGCUGGCCACCAGAGAGGUUCCCUUCGCGGACUUAUCGCCGAUGGAGUGCGGCAUGAAGAUUGCCCUCGAGGGGCUCCGCGUGGCCAUCCCCCCCGGCGUCUCCCCCCACAUCGCCAAGCUCAUCCGCAUCUGCAUGAACGAGGAUAUCGGCAAGCGGCCCACCUUCAACAUGAUACUGCCGAUUCUUGAGAAAAUGAACAAGUAAAAUUGCCCAAACUACAAAGUUUUAUAACCCAGAUUCAACUGUUCCCCAAAACACAAUCCCGUACACUCAUUUUUACUGUUCAUAAGCAUGAUACUGGGUAGUGGGUACUAGCAUGCCUAAUUAGCUUAGGGAAAGUGUGACUGUUAUUUGUAUCUUGUAUCCAACAGAUUUUUUUGAGAUGUGGAAACCCAACCAUUUUUUUAUAUUUCUAUGCAUUCUGCACGAACGAGGACAUGUAAACUGGCGUUCAAAAGUGCAUGGAGAUUUUUCAACCGUAAUAUUUAGGCAUUACGGUCGUUAUCUAUCCAUCCACUUUUGAACGCCACUGUAUAUGCCACUCUCCUUCAACAUGAUACCGCCGAUUCUCGAGAUUAUGAACAAGUAAAAAUAACCCAUACCACAUAAUUUUAUAACCCAGAUUCAACUCCCAUUCACUGUAUAAAAGUAGUUGAGGUUAUUAUUUUAAUAUGCAUACAAAAAUGGGUAUUCUGCAAGUGCCAUCUUAUAUAUAAACAGAUGUAUACAAAGUUUUAUAUACGAAUGACGUAAGAAAUAAUAUUACUAGAGUUAGACCAAGAAAAGUCUGCAACGAUUUUAAUAGCAUACACAGUGCAAGUACACUAACUUCACAGAAGUUUGACGUUUAAAAUAACACUUGUGCUUUGUGUGCUAUAAAAAUCGUUGCAGACUUGUCUUGGUCUAACUCUACAAAAUUAUAUUUUAAUGAUAUAAAUCUAUAAAUCAUUGAUUUCUGAUUUUAUAUUUUUGACACAUCACUUGAUUUGUAACUGCCAGUAUUGUAAUUGUUGUUUUUGUAUUAAGGUUGUAUUUUUGUAUUCUUUUUUCAAGUUUUUUUCUUCAUUAUUGUAUCCAGGUUUUAGUGGGAUACUAGGCGUAAAUGGCGUAAGUUUAUACAAAAAAUAAAAAAUCAAAAUUAACAUAAUGAAACUAAAGAUUUAUUUUAAAAGUUAGGACUCUAAGCAUUCUCUGUAUUCAUUGCUAAGAGGUGUUUCUAAAAUUGUGUAAAACAUUUAACUAGGUGCUAUUAUAACAAAAGUAUGUACUUAAAAGUUCAGAUAACUUUUAAAAUUACUAUGAGACGUCAUACAGAUUUUAUAAAUUUUGAAGGAUUCCACCAAUUUAUACCUACAUUGAAAUAGCUGUAAGUUUAACAUGAAUCUCUAAAUAACAAAAUAUACAUUAAUGUACUGAUGAAUUAAUGUACUGUAAAACCCACUGAACUAUUUUCCAGCAAUACUGCAACUGCCACAACAUUGUAUACAAUACUAAUCUUAUGUUUUGGUUUUGAACUUAGAACUGCAACAUUCAAAUAAUAUUCACUCCUGACCAAAUAUUUGAUUUAGUUUUGGACUAUAGUUGGGAGCUUUUGGUGGUUUAUAGUGGGGUAGCUUUACAGUAUCAUUAUGAAUUGCCAAUUGCUUGUAGUGUAGGUGUUAUAUAAACUGUUGUGCUUGUAACAUUGUGCCUUACAAUGACUAUUGACUAAAAUGUAAUUAUAAUUAUGAAUUGUAAAUCUAGUUAAAUGGUAUAUUUGAGUGUUUUCAUAUUGUCCAAUCCAUUAUAGGUAUUAAAAGUACCUUAGGGUCAACUUUUACAUAUUUCUUUUGAGGAAUAAAAUUAAAUAUAGAAUAAUUUAAAGUGUUGUUUUUACUGAUUUCUAGUUGUAUCCGGCAUUCAAUAUCGGAUCGGACAAUGUUAUAACGCUCUUAUUGUUUUCUAACAGUGAUGGAUGUGGUACUAAAUAACAAAUAAAUUAGUGCUAUUUUGAUGUGAAAUGAAAUUAAUAUUAAUUUAUGUUACAAAUAUAUUAUAUGAAUAACUUAUGAAAAUUUUACA